AUGACCACCCUUCAUAAAAUCGAUUUGGGCAUCAAGCCUGAGGAAACUUACUCCAUUACCAACAAGGGGAUCAAGUUCGACACUUUGAGCGAUAUCAAGCCUUAUUUGGAUGAACUCUCGUCCAAAAAGGACCUCAAAUUGAUUGAUAUUUCUGGAAACACCAUUUCGCCAGAAUGCUCCAAACACCUUGCUCAGGAGAUCAAAAAGUUCUCCUCCACCCUCUUGCACCUCAACCUUCAAGAUAUCUACACCUCGCGUGACAAAAACGAGAUCCCUGCUUCUCUGAGCGAGUUCUUCCCUGUUAUCUUGGAAUCUCCUUCUUUGAAGGUUUUGAACCUGAGUGAUAAUGCUCUUGGCCAGGACACCAUCGACAUUUUGGAAGACUUCCUAUCAAAGGCCAAAUCACUGGAGCACCUCAUUUUGACAAAUAAUGGUCUCGGUCCAUUUUCCGGUGCCAGAGUCGGAAAAGCUCUGUACAAGCUGGCAAAGCUGAAGGAAAAAGAGAACUCUCCCCCAUUGAAAACAUUCUGGUGUGGCCGUAAUAGACUGGAGAAUGGUUCUGUCGACUAUCUGGCAAUUGGUUUCAAAGCAAACACUCACCUUGAAGAAAUCAAGUUAUACCAAAACGGUAUCAGACCUCAGGGUAUUGCGAAGUUGAUCAGCCAAGGUCUUGCUCAUCUGAAGAACCUCCAAGUUCUUGAUCUUCAAGACAACACUUUUACCGUCCCAGGAUCUCUGGCUCUGGCUUCUGUUCUGCCAAACUGGCCACAGCUGAUCGAACUCAACGUCAACGAUUGUCUUCUGAAGAGUGCUGGAAGUUUGAAGGUUGUUGAGAAACUGGCUGAGCUGAAGGACUCAAAAAUUCAAACUUUGAAGCUUCAAUACAACGAACUUGAGACCGAUUCGUUGGAGAUCCUUGCUAGAGCUGUUGGAUCUCUGGAGGCUCUAAAGCUCUUGGAGUUGAACGGAAACAGAUUCGAGGAGGAUUCUGAAUUGAUCGACAAGAUCACUGAAGUGUUUGAGGAGAGAGGCUUUGGUGAGCUGGACGAGCUCGAUGAUCUGGAGGAGCCUGACUCUGAUGAGGAGGAUGAAGAUGAGGAUGAGGAAGAAGGAGACCAAGAAGAAGAUGUUGAUCUUGCUGACUUGGAAGCAGAGCUGGCCGCAACGCACAUUUAG